CCGUUGUGUGCCACCCAAGUGAAUGAACAACUGUCGGUUCGAGCAUCAAGAACAGAUACCUCCCGAUGUUGCUUUGAUCCAAACGCGUUUAUAUCCGAAACAAAUGCACAGGGAAGCUGAGCGUGGACGUAUGCAUUGGCAACCCGACCAACGACUGGACUUCUCGAGGGCCAAUUUCGCAUUCUAGCUACUAACAUAUGAGCGUUCAUGUUGUCUGUGCCCUAGUCAUACUGCGGUGAACGGAGCGUCUCCCUCAUACUCAGGAAUCGUCACCGGUAUGUGAUCUACUACCCUUUUGGACCAUGUAAGGAAUGCAAUCGCUGAUCAAUACCAUUACGCUACAGCUCGAUGAGAUCGCGUGGGAGGACGAAGCGUUUGCGGAGGCGUGGUUGUCGAAGGAGGCGAUUAUGCGUUCGCAUCCAAAUAUCGAUUGGAGGAGAGAGUCAUUGGGCAACUUCCCGUUUGCCGUGCAGAGAUCGGCGGCUUCUAUCGUAUCGAUAAACCUUUCAACUAUACGCUUACCCACCGCAGCUCUGUUCCCCGGGACUAUCGCUGCCGCAACUCUCCAUCGUCUCCUUUACUACCAGCGUCUCGCCAUGGAGCAUACACAUUGUAGCGUUGAGGAUGGGAGGCCGAAGGGUUCGAGGCAGACGGUUUGACCGGUAGAGCGUUACAGUUGGCGGAAGACCCAUGAUCGGUUUGCGCGUAGAUAAGAUGAGAGAGCCGGAGGUGUAGUGAUGGUGGAUUGAGGGCGAGAAGAGGGUCCAUAUCCUCCUCCAUAGCGCUGCUAAGCGCUGAGAUCUGACAGCCGACGUCGA